GUUCUCUUCUCUAUCAGAAUCAGAGUGUGAGAGUAGUUAGUUGAAUCAUUAGAAACUAAUAAAAUAAUUUAGUUUUCUUACCUUAGUAUUUGGGAUAGCUGUGAAUAAACAUGUCUUCAGUACUUCUUCCAAAUGAUCAAACUCCUGGAUUCUCCUUUGACAACUGCAGAAGAAAUGCAACAUUGAUGGAAAAAGGUUUUCCGGCCCCUAAAGCCAUCAAAACGGGAACUACAAUAGCUGGAAUAGUGUACAAGGAUGGUGUCAUUCUUGGUGCAGACACCAGGGCUACUGAGGGAAACAUCGUGGCUGACAAGAACUGUAGCAAAAUCCACUACCUCGCCAAGAACAUUUACUGUUGUGGUGCCGGAACUGCUGCAGACACAGAACAGACAACAAGCCUGAUUGCUUCUCAGCUGGAAUUGCAUCGUCUGCACAGCGGACGACAGGUUAGAGUGUGUACUGCCGAGACGCUGCUGAAGCAGAUGUUGUUCCGUUAUCAGGGUCACAUCGGCGCUGCCCUGAUUGUGGGAGGGAUGGAUAUAGACGGGCCUCACGUCUACUGCAUCUACCCUCACGGUUCUUCUGAGUCACUUCCUUACACAACCAUGGGCUCCGGCUCUAGAGCUGCUAUGGCUGUGUUUGAAGCUCGUUGGAAACCAAACAUGACUGAAGAGGAAGGCAAACUGCUGAUGAGAGAUGCUAUUGCUGGAGGUAUCUUCAAUGACUUGGGUUCUGGCAGCAACGUAGACGUCUGUGUUAUCAGGAAGGACUCAGUCGAUUACUUACGUCCGUACGAGCUAACUGUCUCCAAGGGACAAAGACAAGGGACAUACACUUACGCGCGAGGAACCACUGCAGUCUUGUCCACAAAAAUCAUUCCUCUGCAGAUUGUGGAUCAAAGUGUUCAGAGAAUUGAACCCGAGUCUAUGGAAGUUGCUUGAAGAAUUAUUGUAUUGCCUUUAAAUCACAUCUUGCUAAUGGUUUCAUAUUUAAUUGGUAAAUAAAAAUUAACCUUUUCCCAUGUA